GCAGGUUCCGGUAGCUGUCGGGGUUGCCUCCAGCGUCUUUCCCUCUCGACCCCCGUCUGGAGGCAUUUCCCUAAAACCACCUGGGGGCUGGCCUACCGCGCAGAUGUUGGUGCACACGUACUCCGCGAUGGACCGCUCGGAUGGGCUGAACGGGGGCUCCGCCGGCGGCCGCCUCCCCCAGCUGUCGUCCCUCAACCAGGCGGCGGCCUACUCCUCGGCUCCGCCGCUGUGCCACACGCCGGCCUCGGACUUCCAGCCGCCCUACUUCCCGCCGCCUUACCCGCAGCCGCCGCUGCCCUACGCGCAGAGCCAGGAGAGCGCCUACCCGCACCUGGGGGACCCCUACGGAGGCCUCAACCCCCUCCACCAGCAGCAGCAGAGCGGCUGGCCCUCGCAGCGGGCGCGCCACGAAGAAGCGGCGGCGGCGGCUGCAGCGGCCGCGGCGGGCCUCCUCUCGCAGACGCACCGCGCCCUCGGCCUGGAUCCGCGCAGGGACUACCCGGGCAUGCCGCGCUUGCUCCACGGCUUGGCCGACGGAGCGCACGCCUUGGCCGACGGGCCGCUGGGACUCCACGCUCUGGCUCACCCCAGCCUCGAGGACAUCCAGGCGGUGGAUGAGGCCAGUAUGAACCUUUUGGACCAGUCGGUGAUCAAGAAAGUGCCCAUCCCUUCGAAGGCCAACGGGACCACCAUCUCUUCCCUAACCAUGAACAAGGACACCCUGAUAGGAGGGGUGACCAAUCCAAACGAAGUCUUCUGCUCUGUUCCUGGACGAUUAUCUCUCCUUAGUUCCACCUCCAAGUACAAAGUGACAGUCGGUGAAGUUCAGAGGAGGCUCUCACCCCCCGAAUGCCUCAACGCUUCCCUCCUCGGUGGUGUACUUCGGCGGGCAAAAUCUAAAAAUGGUGGAAGAUGUUUAAGGGAAAGAUUGGAAAAGAUUGGGUUAAAUUUACCCGCUGGGAGGCGCAAAGCAGCAAAUGUCACCUUGUUAACAUCACUGGUGGAAGGGGAGGCUGUUCAUCUGGCCCGGGACUUUGGCUAUGUGUGCGAAACAGAGUUCCCAGCCAAGGCAGCCGCUGAAUACCUCUGUCGCCAGCACUCGGAUCCCAGCGAGCUCCACGCCCGGAAAAACAUGCUUUUAGCAACCAAGCAAAUCUGCAAAGAGUUUGCUGACCUGAUGGCUCAGGAUCGCUCCCCUCUGGGAAACAGCCGCCCGACACUCAUCUUGGAACCUGGCGUUCAAAGCUGCUUGACGCACUUCAGUUUAAUAACCCAUGGCUUCGGAGGGCCGGCGAUCUGCGCGGCUCUCACAGCGUUCCAGAACUACUUGGUGGAGUCCCUGAAAGGACUGGACAAAAUGUUCAUGAACAGCACGGGCAACGGUCACUCGGUGGGCGACGCCAAAACCUCAGAAAAGGAUGUGAAGCAUCGGAAAUGACCCCUUCGGCAGGCAGUGACCCGCCAUCUCUCCCCGUCGGAGCGUUCCUUCCCAUUUCCAGGACGCGAGAGACAGGAAGGUCCUUCAACGCGCUUGGAAGUGUUGCCGGGGGCGGGAGGAGGCAGAUGACGAGCCCUCCUCUCUCCUGCCGGGUUUUCCGAACUGCGACGGAUGCAUUUUUGAAACCAAGUCAAUGAAAAAGAGAAGGUUGAAGAAGGAGGAGAAGAAGACGAGGGCGAGCCACUCUCGCUACGAGAAGAAAUUAGUUAGUGCUUUGGGUUGACACAUCUGGUUUUUCCAUAGGAGAGACGGGAAGCCUGGCUAUAUGUGCAAUUGUUUUGAUGAUGUUUAUGGUGCUCCUUUGGGAAAAGUCCAUGCUCGGACAAAGGUGGGGAGGCUCCAGGCAGCAUUGCAAAGGAGCAAACCAAGACAAAGAGGUUUUCGGGUAGAAUCUAGAGGAGAAACGUUUGGAAUCAAAGCCUGCUUAGAGUCAAAGAGUACUGGAAUUUUUUGACCCAUGCAGCAGGUCAGGUCCAGACAUCUGAACCAGAAAGAAAAGGCUCUUUUAAUCACAAAUGUACGAAUCACCGGUCUUGAAGCUUCACGUGGCUUUCCUUUGCUACAGUCUCAUGGCGAAAUAAAACAUCCCAUGAUGGAAAAUAUUCUCCAGCUUUGUUAACAGAUUUUGGUCCAGUUAGACCUCAUGGUGGAGGGGCUGAUAGAGCCAUCUUGGUAGCCCUCACCCCAACGCCAAAGGGGACACAAUCCCUGCUCCUAGGCCUCCUCUUUUCUAGCAAAGUGUCUCCAGAUUGAAGGUGAGGGGGGAGGUCCAAGCCAGCCUCCCCUCCCAAGUUCUAAAACAGACAUGGCAAACACAAGGCCCGGGGGCCAGAUGUGGCCCGUGAAGCCAUCCUGGAAACAGUGAGGGAACGGCCCCCGCUGCCUUGGCCCUAGCCCAGGCUGGCCUGGAACCAAUGUACAAUUUUG